ACUGUGGAGAAGCAAAUUAAUCCGAUGUGAGAAUCUGAUCGGGCGAAUUAAGCUAUAUUUACGUAUAUUUUUAUUAUCAAUAAAUAUGCAGUUUUGUGAAUUGGAUUUAUAGGAUAGGAGAUGUUUACCAUACAAAUGCCACCGGCAAGAUGACGAAUACGUUAAGCUUGUAAAUAAAGCGAGUAUUUGCGAAUAAUAAAAAAUUAUAGAAAAGUAAUUUUAUUUGACUAUGGCGAAGCAUCAUCCGGAUUUGAUUUUUUGUCGUAAACAGCCAGGAGUUGCUAUUGGCCGUUUAUGUGAAAAAUGCGAUGGUAAAUGCGUCAUUUGUGAUUCGUAUGUGAGACCUUGCACUUUAGUGAGAAUUUGUGACGAAUGUAACUAUGGUUCGUAUCAAGGACGAUGUGUGAUCUGUGGAGGACCAGGUGUAUCCGAUGCUUAUUAUUGCAAGGAAUGCACUAUUCAAGAAAAAGAUCGAGAUGGAUGCCCAAAAAUUGUUAAUCUUGGAAGUUCGAAAACUGAUCUCUUCUAUGAAAGGAAAAAAUAUGGUUUUAAAAGGCGAUAAGAGAUUUACAAUGUAUUUAAAUCUAGCGUGUAAGAAUGUACUUUGUAAGAUAAUUUCCAUUGUCAAUAGAAAUUCAAAGGAUAUUUAAUUUACGUAAAGCGU